AUUUGUCUUUUGUUUUGAAAUAAUAAUUAGUUGAGUUGAGAAUUGAGGUUCACUUGCCCUACUUUUCCAGAAUUGAGUGUCUCUGAAAUUGGGAGUUUUGUCCGGUGAAUUUGAAACUAAAGGCAUCAUUCAUCAGUUUUGUCCGGUGAAUUGGAGUUAUUUCUGGCAGCUGAAGCCCGAAAAACGUGUGAACUGACGAGCUUUCCCAUAGAAAUAGAAAAUGUUGUUUUUCUCAUACUUCAAGGACAUGGUGGGCAGAGAAGUGACAGUGGAACUGAAGAAUGAUUUGGCUAUCCGAGGUACACUCCAUUCAGUCGAUCAGUAUCUCAACAUUAAGCUCGAAAACACAAGGGUCGUUGAUGAAGACAAGUACCCUCACAUGCGUUCGGUGAGGAACUGCUUCAUCAGAGGAUCAGUGGUGAGAUACGUCCAGUUACCUCCAGACGGAGUCGACAUAGAGCUGCUUCAUGAUGCUACGAGGAGAGAAGCUCGUGGUGGCUAAAAGCCUAAAAUUUGAGACCUUCAAAAGUGGAUGUACUUUUAAAGUUUUGAGUGGGUCAAUCAGCAUGUACUGAUGAUUUGUUUUGUUAAAUGUAAUUUUAGAUGCUAUUGCAUGCAGUGCUUUGUAUUCCUGCUGUUACUCCUCUCCAUUUAAACCUAACUGUGUGGUGAAAGCCUUGGAUAUGAAUGUCGUCUGACUCCUUCGUGUGGGACUCAU